AAUUUUGUGCACUUUGCAGGGUCCAGAUGUUGUAUAUAGGCUAUAGCUCUCUUGGCUCAGCUCAGGACGAGUCGUCCUAUAGUCGUCCCAUGAAGCGUCGCUCGCUGGAGGCCGCUGCUCGCGACGCAAAGCAGUCGAAGAUCAGCGGUUUCUUCGCGGCCUCGGCAAAAACGUCACAGCCUUCCAAGCCCUCGGAUCCCAAGGACGAAGCUGCAGAGUCGUCGUCGACCACUGUGAAGUCCACAGUGCAGUCCACAGCUUUGGCCCAAAAUGCUUCAAGCGCCGUGGCAUUGAGGAACGGUGUGGCUUUGCCAGUCUUGGGCUUUGGCACCUAUCGCCUUGGCCGCCAAGCGCAAGGCAUCGUGGCCGAGGCAUUGAAGGCGGGAUAUCGCUUGAUUGACACGGCUCAGGUGUACGAUCAGGGAUCGAUCGAGAGUGCAGUGGGGGCGGCCCUGCGUCACUCGGGCUUACCACGAUCCUCGGUGUUCAUCUCCACAAAGGUUUGGAGGUCGAGCCAUGGAUUUGAGAAGACUUUACAAGCUUGCCAGCAAUCUUUGAAGCGCCUCGAGGUGGACUACAUUGACUUGUACCUGGUUCAUUGGCCUGGGCCUCAACCCAGCAACUCGAAGGCCUGGAGCCCUCAGACGCGUCAGGAGACAUGGAGGGCCAUGGAGAAACUUCUUAGAGAUGGAAAGGUCAAAGCGAUCGGUGUUUGCAACCAUUCAAUUCGCCACUUGAAGGACCUCUUGAAGAGCUGUGAGAUUCAGCCCAUGGUCAACCAGGUGGAGUUCCAUCCUUUGUUGGUGCAAAGUGAGUUGCUGGACUAUUGUGUUGGCGAAGGCAUUGCGGUGCAGGCCUUUGCCUCCCUGGGUUCUGGUGACUCACGUCGAGCUCGAGAUUUUUUCGCCUUACCCGCAGUGCAGCUGGCUGCUCGGGCACAUGGGGCUCAGCCUGCAGCCGUGUUGCUGCGCUGGGCCACACAGAAAGGGUGCCAUGUGAUUCCCAAAUCAUCGCAGCCACUGCGCAUGAAACAAAAUGCAGAGCUUUUCAACAUCACCCUCAGUGAACAGGAGAUGCAAGCCAUCGAUGCUUGCCACACCAACGCGCGUCUCACCUGGGGGGGCGUGGACCCAGACACGAUUGAGUGAUGGCCGUGACGAGUGCCGUCACGGAGUUCCAGCUGACCAACUUAGGACUUGUUACUUGUCUGGUCUUGAGGUUGAAAAUCUGGAUCUAGCUGCUGGGUCGGUGUCGGUGUCCCA